UAUCGACUGGGCACGCAGUCUGCGGCCACCUUCGUGCUGGCCUGGCAUCCUCGUUGUCACCUGCUGACCUACUCCAGUGAGGCCAAGUACGAACGCGAUCAGGGCAUCAUUCGGCUCUUUGGACUGCCCUCAGCCGAUGCCGGGGAUCGGAAGUCGACACUCAUUAGUGAACAUGCCGCCUGA